AAUCCGGACGGCUGCCCGCUAGCUCCUCAGUAGCGAGGCCAAGCCGAACGGAAGCGGAUCAGCAACAACAUGCGCCAGGGAUACUUCUUGCAGGCCGUUAUGGCCAUAGCCAUACUCUACAGUUGUUUGGAACCAGCCGAGUGCUUAUACGAGAGUCAAAUCCUUGCCUUCCUGGAAGAGUUCCGCAUGCGUAUGUGCCAUCCCAUACCAAAUUUGGGUUUGCCCGCGCUAGAUCCUUUCGUUCUUGGUCCUGGCCAGACGUCUAUGAAUAACAAAUACCUCAUAGACUUUACUGGCUCCAUCGAUGACUUCCAGUUGCACGGAGUGUCCGAUUUUGAGGUUCCUACACUUACCCUUAAUCCCGUGCCGGGUCUGAAGAGCACCAUCCAGGUUAACUUCCCAUACACCUACUUCAAGUCCCUGUACACCGCAAAGGGAUCGCUGGCCUAUAUCCUAAAUCUGGCUGGUGAUGGCAAUGCAGAAGCCUUCAUCAAGGACUUUUCAUUCCUGAUCUCCUUCAGGCUGAGAACUCUCUCACCCCUGGGUAUCACUUCACUGCAAAUCGAGCUUUAUUUGGGUGAUUUGAAAAUCAACUUUGAAAACCUCCUGGAGGAGGACCGCAUCGAUGAUUUUGUGCAUUCCCUUGUCAAUGAAAUGGGCGUGGAAUUGCUAGACGAUGUCUGGAGCUACGAACAGGGAACGGUGGUUGCCAAAGUUCAAACGCUGGUCAACAACUUUUUGGGGCAAUACUCUUUGCAGGACAUACUCCAGAUCAUAGCUGGUGGCGGAGGAGGAGAGGGCGGUGAAAGCAAGCCCAUAUUCGAGGGCGUCGAGCCCAACUGCAAGCUUGGAUCUGAAUCAAUACUCGACUAAGACUGAAAUAUAUGAAAUAGUUUAGGAAAUAAAAUAUGUAGUUACCUAUGUAUAGAGAUACAAUUAUCCUCUCAAAAGAAUUGAUAAAUGUGAUGGAAAUGGAAAUAA